UCAUCUCUCACUUCUACAUCCACCAAUAUAAAUAACUGUCAAUUAUUAUCUUUACUUCAUAACAAGAUGACCAUUACUGAGACAAUCCAAGCUUCCCAUGUCGACGCUCUCAAGGCUCGUUUUGCUGCCGCUGGCCAAGAGCACGUCUUCCACUUCUACAACGAGCUCUCUGCCGAGGAUCAGGCCAAGCUCUACAAACAGCUUGAAACGAUCGAUGUCGAGCGUCUCAACGUCAUCUACCAAAAGGCCAUCCAAGGCGCCGAGGCUGCAGGUGAACAAGACGCGUCGCUCGAGCCCCUUUCGGGUGAAGUAUUCGAGUCUGUCCUGAACUCAUCCGCCGAAAAGCUCCAGGAGUGGGAAACCAUCGGCUUGACCCAGAUUGCACAAGGAAAGGUUGCCGUCAUCCUGAUGGCCGGUGGUCAAGGCACUCGCCUCGGAUCAUCUGCCCCCAAGGGUUGUUAUGACAUCAACCUGCCCUCUCACAAGCCUCUUUUCCAGCUCCAGGCCGAACGCAUUCUCCGUCUCCAGGAGAUCGCCCGCCAAUACAAGAAGCCCGGAGAUGGCGUUGAUUCCAUCAUUCCCUGGUACAUCAUGACAUCAGGCCCCACCCACGGCCCCACAUAUGACUUUUUCAAGAAGAACAACUUCUUUGGUCUCAAGGAACAAAACGUCAUUUUCUUUGAACAAGGUGUUCUUCCCUGCUUGACCAUGGAAGGAAAGAUCAUUUUGGAAGACAAGGCAAAGGUUGCUAUGGCACCCGAUGGCAAUGGUGGAAUUUAUGCAGCUGUGCAGAACAAGGGCGUAAUUGAUUCUCUGAAGGAGCGUGGAAUCUUGUACACUCACUGCUACUGUGUUGACAACUGUCUUGCUCGCGUGGCUGAUCCUGUCUUUAUCGGCUACAGUGUCUCCAAGGGUACUGACUGUGGUGUAAAGGUUGUGCGCAAAGAACAGCCCGAAGAACCCGUCGGUGUUGUGUGUCUGCGCAACGGCAAGUACGGUGUUGUCGAGUAUUCUGAGAUCACAGAGGAACUUACCCAGCGUCGCAACGAGGAUGGUUCGCUUUCAUUUGGUGCUGCCAACAUUGCCAAUCACUUCUUCUCGACCGCAUUCCUCGAACGUGUGCCCACAUUUGCUGCCGAAUUGGAGUACCACAUCGCCAAGAAGAAGAUCAAGUUUGUCGAUCUUGAGACCGGUGAGCAGAUCAGCCCAAAGGCAAACAGCGGUAUGAAGCUUGAGUGCUUUGUAUUCGAUGUGUUUCCCUUUGCCCACUCCCUGUCCGUUCUUGAGGUUGACCGUAAGGACGACUUCUCGCCUCUCAAGAAUGCCCCCGGCUCCGGUGCAGACUGUCCAGAGACUUCAAGACGUGAUAUUGUUGCACAACACGUGCGUUUCAUUGAAGCCGCUGGUGGAAAGGUUGUCGGUGAACACAGCGAUGAUCUGGACAAACUCCACUUUGAAAUAUCCUCCUGGGUCACUUACUCUGGUGAAGGUAUCCGUGAAAUUGUCCAGGGCAAGACUAUCACUGCACCCGCAGUCAUCGAAACCAGAGAAGAUCUUAUCCGCUUGGCCAACUAAAUUCCCCCCAAAAAAGAGAAAAAGAGAAAAGAAUCUUACGUGCAAACGCACCCCAUACACCAUAUACACCAUACACACACACAUACAUACAUACGUACAUAAGUACAUAAGUACAAACAAACAUAUCCCUUUUCCAUCCUAAAAAGCCCUUCUUUGUUUUUGCUUGCAAACCAACAACAACAAGAACGACAACCUUCUGCUUUUUUUUUGCUUGCCGUUUCAAUUUUUCUAUAUCUUGCAAGCAUCCCCUCUUCUCUUCCUCUUUGUUAUUCGCCCUUUGUCUUUCCUCGCCGUCCUCGUCCUGCCUGCUUUCAAUUCUUCAUCCCUCCAUUCAACUAGCAUUUUUUCCUCUAUAUACUUCUUCUCAUUUAAAAUAAAGAUAAAUAAAUAAAUGACAAGAAUUAUACAAGUUUUUUU